GGUUGCCAGGGGGCGGGGCCCGGACGCGCGCCAGGCUGGCCACCCCAGCAGCGGAGUCCGAGUCGCGAAUCUGGUUGGUGGCGGCUACUUUCCGAGCGGCGGGGAUGGAGGCGUCGCGCUGCCGCCCGGGACCCGGCGGGGACAGUGCCUUUGAAGAUGAGGCUAUGAAGCUUCGACAGCUGAAACUCGAUAAUCAGAGAGCACUGCUGGAGAAGAAGCAGAGGAAAAAACGCCUGGAACCACUCAUGGUGCAGCCAAACCCAGAAGCCAGGCUACGUCGGUCAAAGCCAAGAGGUAGUGAGGAGCAUACUCCCUUGGUGGAACCUCAUACCCCUCACAACAAUGUCAUCCUACAUGGCAUUGAUGGUCCAGCUGCUUUCCUGAAGCCAGAUGCUCAAGAUUCAGAAACCAAACUUCAUGUUCUCUCACUUGGCUCUUCUACUACAGAAGAGGAUACUGAAGGAAGUGUUGAUGGGGAAAGCACUUUGGAUAAUCCUUCUAAGCCAGAUCUUCAGGAGAUUCUCCAAAAACAUGGUAUCUCAGGUAGUUUGAACUUUGAUGAGGAGACUGAUGGGGAGGAAGAAGAAGGGAAAAAAUUAUUUCAUUCACCAUGUUCAGAGGCAGAGAGACCCAGUUCUGCAUCCAGCCAGAAAUCAACCAUGGAUACAGGGGCUUCAGGUACUUCAGCCCAACAAACUGAUAACCAGCUGGGAGAAGUAAAGAAUUUAGAGGACUUUGCUUAUAGUUCUGCUCCUCGCGGUGUCACAGUAAAGUGUCGAAUAACCAGGGAUAAAAAAGGAAUGGAUCGGGGUCUCUUCCCCACUUACUAUAUGCACUUGGAAAAGGAUGAAAAUCGGAAGAUAUUUCUUCUUGCUGGUAGAAAACGGAAAAAGAGCAAAACAUCCAACUACCUUAUCUCCACUGACCCAACAGAUUUAUCUCGUGAAGGGGAAAGUUAUGUUGGCAAACUCAGAGCCAACCUCAUGGGGACCAAGUUUACAGUUUAUGACUGUGGUGUCAGCCCAGCCAAGGCCCAAGAAAAGGCCCAUAGCCGGCAGGAGCUGGCAGCCAUCUGUUAUGAGACAAAUGUGUUUGGAUUUAAAGGUCCUAGGAAGAUGUCUGUGAUCAUUCCAGGGAUGAAUAUGAACCACGAACGGAUCCCAUUUCGGCCACAAAAUGACCAUGAGAGCUUGCUUUCAAAAUGGCAAAACAAAACGAUGGAGAACUUGAUUGAGCUGCACAACAAGGCCCCAGUGUGGAAUGAUGACACGCAGUCCUAUGUCCUGAACUUCCACGGCCGGGUCACUCAGGCAUCUGUGAAGAACUUUCAAAUAGUCCAUGAAAAUGACCCUGACUAUAUUGUCAUGCAGUUUGGACGUGUGGCAGACGAUGUGUUCACUCUGGACUACAACUACCCGCUGUGUGCACUCCAGGCCUUCGCCAUUGGGCUUUCUAGCUUUGACAGUAAGCUGGCGUGUGAAUGAGACGGAAGCACAUACACAGCUGGACUUUCUCACUACAGAGCUUUCGGGAGCAGAUAUUGCCUCCCUGACUCUUGGCCCAGGGCAUAAAAAAAGACAGUCUGUCCCUCUUGGAAUAAUCCCCGAAUGUACGUAGCUAUACGUAUAUGUAUGUACAUAUAUACAUAUGUACACACACACACACCUUUCUGCCUUUCACAGAUCUGGUCAAAGGGUGCAGUUUAACAUAUAGGUGAGACAUUAUUCAAACUAGAGGAAGGUUCUUGUCCAGAACACAUUCUGACUCCUGAGGUUAUUGCCCCUAACAGAUUCUGUGCCUCGAAAGUUGGAUUUCCUGGGCUUGGAAACUUGUGACUAGAAUCAGGUUCUAAUAAUUAGAUGCUUGUGUCUCUCUUUUGAAGAUCUUUUCAGAGAAGGGACAGUUUUCUAAAUUCACUUUAGUCUCUAGGUCUGCAAAUGUUUUCCAUAAACGACCAAAUAGUCUCUCUUGUAAUUACCCAGUUCUGUCAUUGCAAAAGCAGUCCUAGUCUGUUCAUACAUGAGCGAGUGUGACCAUGUUCCAGUGAAACAGGCAGCAGCCAGAUUUGGCCUGUAGGCUGUAGUUUCCCAACCUCUGCUUCCAGUGUAUCUCUGUACUCACUGGACUUGGGCAUUUCCACAAUGAGCUUGUCAUCAUGAGAUGAUAUGAGUGUGAAAUGGGUAUCUCUAGGAAGCAAUAGCAGAUUGGAUCCAAAGAGUCACUCCACUGCAUUCACUGUUACAAAGCAUUACCUUGUUUUGGUGACGAUGGUUCCUAGGAUAUCAUUUACCAUCAGAACUGGGAAACCCAAAGUCCGUGAUGAUUUUGUCCACACAGGUGGCUUAAUUCUGCUAUCCUACCUGGCACACCCAUGGGACAAGGCACUGCCAGUCACUUGAAGAGCUAACGCACAGUAGGAAAUUAGCCUAGAAUUGCAUUGUCUUCAUCACAGGGAGUGUGGUACUUGUUUCUUAAGAGUUACCUCACAGUCCCCAUGAUGCUUGGAGGUCCUGAUGUUGCAGUCCCCCUCUUCCCUUUCUUCCCUCAGAGCAGAUUGGCUGGCACCAAUCUCGGUCAGAGUGGCGAUGGCCAAAUUUGUGAUCAAUGAUGUGAGAAUUUUAUAUAGUUGUCUUAAUUUCAGUUUAGACUGAAAACAAAAACCUAAGAGGUAAUUUAGUCUAAUUAAGACAGAGUAAUUUGACAGUUGCCUUCACUUUCAAUCCAGGAGUGCCUCCCACAGCUAUAUAACUAUGGAGACAUUAGUAGAGGAUGACACACAUGCCUUUAGACCAUGUAAAAAGUAAGAGAUCAUUAUGUAUCAAAACUUCCAUUAUCAUUGUCAAGGGAGGGGGCAGGCGAGGCUUGGUGAGGACUAGCCAGCUGACUGUGAGCUCUGCGGACCUUGUUGGGCAGCACUUUCGGCCUUUCUUCUUGACACUAAUUAAUUAUCAGCACCCUAAAGCACAGUUCACUGGUACAGAUCAAGCUCUUGUCACUCUUCCUCAGAGAUCCUGAGUUUUGCUAAGUUGUUCAGGUUAUUAGCACCUCCCAACAGAGCAUGACUCUGCUGCCAGCUUGCCGGUCUCAGAGUGUAUCUGAACCCAGUACCUGUGUGAGGUCUGUAUUCAGUAUUGCUCGGCUCCCAAGUCUUUGUGCAUUUAGGUGUUUGCCAGCAGGGGGCAAGGAAUCAGUGGCUGUUGUGCCAUUCUGAUUCCCUUCUGUGGACUUCCUUUUUGCCUUUGCUUCCUGUUGCCCUGUGUACCACAUCAAACAGCAGUGUGAAAACAGGAGUCUGGGAGAUGAAAAGGCCCUUGUCCCCCGCUGGAAAGUCCUUGCCGUGUUUUGACAAGAUUGGUUUCUAUCUCAGGCAUGCCUGCUUCCCAUCAAGUGCCUCCUUCAUAGAAGUGCCCAAAGCCCCUUCAGACCUCUGGCACCACCUUCCUCAUGUACUGUCGAAUGAGCUGCUCUCCUUGAAAACAAAGCUGUUCACUUAUCUCUGGAUGCAGUAAUUGACAACAUCUGGAGAAGGGAGUCUCAUGGCCUGACCAGAUCUAACCCUGCUUCUUCCUGCUCACUCUGGCUAAGAGAUUUAUUAAUAUAUCCCAGCUUCAUGUACUUGCUGCUUGAAUGUGUAGGUGAUUUGUUUUACAUAAGACAUAUUUAUACCUUUUAUAUGCUAUAGAAAUAAAUAAUUUAUAUAAAAA